AUGCAGGAUGGUAAUACCCCAUUAUUGACAGCAUGUGAGUUUGGAUGUGCUGUAGCUGUGGAUUGUCUUAUCAGUCUUGGAUGCUUGCGUGAUGUCACCAACAACCGUGGAGACACCGCCUUUCAUUGCGUAUUGAAGGAUUCUGUCGAUUUGGGGAACAAUAAUCAUAUUUCAACUGAAGCUAAACCCAAACAAUAUUUAGUCACUGCUUUGAUGGAGCAUAACUUUACAUCAAGCAAAAGAAACCAAGAAGGGAAACUUCCACAUGAGUGCAUUGUUGGAGACUUUAGGCAACAGUUGAGAACAUAUCAGCAACGACAACGCUUUGCUGUUUUGUAUGCUGGUGGAUGUGAAUUUCCUGAUCAAUUGAAAUUUUGUCUGGUCGGUGAAGAAAUGGCAGGCAAAACGACGUUGAGCAUUGCGAUGGGAGGAAGCGGAGAUCCAACGAAGAGAACGGCUGGUAUCGAUGUUAUACUGGCAACCAGAAAGGAACUGGGCGGUGCCAUGCUUGUUCUCGAUGUGGCCGGUCAUAAAGAAUUUCAUCAAACGCAUUCUCUCUUUAUGAGCGGCGAAUCUGCUAUAUUUGCCCUCGUUAUCGAUGCAAGGAAGAGCGCUGAAGAAAUUCGCGCUAUUGCCAAGUACUUUCUCUCAUUUGUACUAUCAGCACGACGACCUUCUGAAGGAAGAGUUCUCCCUUACAUGCUUACUAUUGGCACCCACGGAGAUCCGGAGGAGACGAAGAAGAACAAGCAAAUACAACUAAGAGAUGUCAUGAAGCAAGUUUCCGAAGAGUUUGACAAAUAUUUUACCUUUGUUGCAGUUGCAGACGAAGGAGAUGAAUACAACAUUGUUGAUGAUUAUCCAUCUCAUUUGAAGGUACUUUUCACUAAAUUUGGUAGUGACGCUAUCGUGUUGGACGCGAGAGACAACAAUUCAGUAGAAAUGAAAAAGUUGCUGAAUUUUAUUGGUAAAGUUAGAAGCAUGGCUCUGAAGAGUUUGCCCAAAGUCCCUACUAUUUGCAAGAAGGUUCAUGACGAAAUAUUCAUUAAUCUUCGUCGUAAUAAGAAGUUUGUAGCAAAAGAAGAAUUUCGUCGACUCGUAACGAGGAAGUUUUCUGAGUUAGAAGGAAAGGAGGCAUUCGAAGUACUAAUGGAACAUUUUGAUGAACGUGGAGAGAUAGUUGACUUGGAUGAUCGAUUGGUCAGUGACAUGCAAUGGUUGUGUUACUUUGUCAUCGGUGCGACUCUUGCCGACAAGAAUUCUCCUGAUUUUUAUGUCAAGUUGCAGACCGACGACGACGGUACUGCAACAGUAGCACAAAUUGAGGAAACCCUCAAGCAAUUUAGUGAGAGCAGAGGAGUUCAAUUUAAUGAGGAUGUGAUGUUGGCCAUCCGUGCUCUCUGUCACUUAGGUCUCAGUUUAGAACAUCCGCGCAGGAAGGAUAAAAACGGCGAUCCUCUUUACAUUUUUCCUGGUCAUAUUAAGAAGAGCAUGCCAGCGAGCGCCUGGCAGAAAGAUGGGGCUAAGCCAGUGCUCGUUGGCCGUCGCGUUCAAUGCAAGUACUCGCACCAUCUCAUCACUCCAGGCUCUUAUCCUGUCAUUCAAUGCGAAACCUCGAAGAGCAAAUAUAUGAGUGUAAUAGAUCUGUGGGAUGGAGGCAUGAAAGUGCAACAGAGGCUUCACGAUCUGAUGCCGCACCAUUUACCGGCAGAAGCGCUGGUACAAAUUACCAAUAAGAAGAGAGCCAUUCAGAGUAUGGAUGUGAUCGCUCGAGGUCCUCGCUACAGUGAAGGAGAUUGCAUGAUGUUGGUUGAAUCCGUUCUUGAUCUCAUGAUGAAAGUGUUUGACAAGAAAAGUCCAGGAACUGUUUUAGAGACACGAUAUUUGAGUCAUGCUUCCAUCAGUCAGUAUAAAGAAUCGAUCGUUUCUUACUCUGAAGAAGCAGUUAAAACCGCUAAGCGAGACAAGGAAACGGUCGUCACUCACGAAAAAGGAGAGGAUCGCCUGAUCGAUCUCGUUGCUGUUGAUUCUAAUCACAUUAUUCGAAUGAAGCGAAAAAUUCGUCAUCAAUUGUGCAAGGUUUUGGAUAGGCCAAACAAAGAAGAGAACCAGCCAAGCUGGAGAGAAGUGGGUGAAGUGUUAGGUAUGCCAUUAGUGUCUAGCAUGGAAUCAGCCAGUGAGAUGUUGGAAACUUGGAGUCAAGACUUGGACGUUACCGAAGAUCAUCUAGUGGAAGUUUUGAAGAGGCCAGACAUUAACGGUACAGAUGCAUUGAAGGUUCUUGGACAUCAGCAUCACAUUACUGCCGAAAACAGCUUCAAGUCACCUCCAGCAAAUCGAAGAAAAGAAAGCACAGCUUCACGAGAUGGUCUUUCUGUUCAUCACAAGGCAACUGCCAAGGAAUUGAAAGACCUUGCCAAAUCUCUGGGAACCCGUUGGGUUUCUUUUGCAUCAGAAUUGAACCCGGAACUCUUCUCAGUUCAGAAGAUCGCGUUCAUACGAAAUGAGCACAAUGAUGUCUUGCUUCAAGCUCGAGCCAUGUUAGAAGAUUGGAGUAGCAGUCUGGCCGAAAAGGCUACCCGUAAGUUGCUUAUUGAGGCACUUGUUAAAGAAGAACUCCGACUCCAAGCUAAUGAAGUCUUUAGCGAAAACCUGGUGGAACAAGUGUGUCCACAAGUGUAAAAUUUUGUAUGGAGAGAUGUGACAGCCCGAUUUUUUGUAUGCUGUGUGAUAGAUUUGAAUUUCAAUACAAUGGACCAAACAUGUAGAUAUAAACAACUUUUAUAACGUACCAAUACUUCUAUAUUGAGACUGAGAUUUGUUUGUGCAAGUCCUGCUUCAUCGCCUUUAUAUGUUCAAUCGCAACAAAUAAAUGUAC